CUCGUCCGCGCCGGCAUCCGAAGCGUUUCCGGGGCGGUAGGGUUGGCAUCUGAAAGUAUCAAGGCGCGCAAAGCAGACCGUCAGAGUCCAGAGAAAGAUACGCCAGCUACCGCUACACGUUCGGACAGUGCACAAGCAGUCGAAGAUGUGCCUUCGACGCAACGAGGAGACGAAGCUGGAGAUGAUCUGCAGAAUGAGUGGGAUCUGGACGACGCCCAAGACGAAAUCGCCGGACAACACGGUCAAGGUGCAGUCGAUGCAAACCCCGAACGCACUUUCCUAGAGAAACAUGGCCGUCAACCUAGCUCUAACGUCGCUGGCCGGCUCGAACUUCCAGUCGUGAUUCCACAGCGUCGACCAAAGGACCGCUCACGAGGUUUCAUUCGAGCGUACGCGCCGGUACUACAGAGUGCAGGCAUUGACCAGCCUACCUGGCUCGACUUUCUCGACACCCUGCAGAAAUCGAGUGCUGCUGAUCCUUGGCUGAACGCCAUCAACUUUGCCUCCAUUGGCACAAUGUUUAUGCCUCACGUUAUUGGCUUUGCCGUGUCGUAUGCGAUUCAGCAAGCCACCAACAUCGCUAUUGAGAUGCAAGCUCGGUUCAGAACAAGUACAGCCUUGCGCAAACUUAACGAGGAGUUCUUCCAGCCUCGCGGAUUGUACUGCCUGAUCAUGACAUGGAAUCCCGACUCAAGAAACAGGGUGGAGCAAGUCAAUAUCAACGAGACUGUCGCAGCCAUGAAGCAAGAAACCAAGGGUGUUGCAAAAGUCGGUGAUAAGUUCAGAUCAUCUGACGGAACUACAUACGGCGAGUUGGCAUUCCCUGAAGUGGCACCACUCAUCUUUCCCACUCUGGAUGAACUGGCAGCACAAACCGGACCCGAUGCAGCAAAGAAGAAGAGUAACGUGGCGAAAGGUAUGACCUUUGUUGCAAACUAUUGGGACAAGAGAGCCACUGCAGAAUACUCCAUGCAAAAUCCCAACAGUGUGCUGGCGCAGGUCCCUCAAGGCGAGUUCAAUUCUCGAUACGCAGACCCUAAUCACGCGGCAGCCAGUGGAUCGCUAAUCUCCUUUGUUUCUGGAGGUAAACUA